ACCUUCACGUUCUUCUUCCGACUCACAAAGAAGCGUUAAGUCGUCGUGUGCCUGUAUAAGUAUAAAUAUAUAUACAUAUAUAAAUAUAUGUUUGGUGUGUUUUUACCGGAAUGUUUUUUACGGUCAGGGGAGAAGAGAAAAAAGAACAAGAAAAAAAAGAAAACACGACGUGGUCAUUUUAAAAUGGCGCCAAACAUGGAAGAGAGUACUCACUGACGUACACAUAGCCUCCAGCUAACGGGCGGACCGACGUCGCUAACCCUCUCAACGGACAAGACUACGUCACGUUAACGGUCCGAGCAACGGCCGUUGAGAUAUCAACCGCCACUUUAUCUUUGUAUCACUUUAUUUGAUUUAUUUGUGAAGUUAACGGUCGUGGAAAACAUGAACACGUACAGGUUCGCGGGUGUGGGUGGCUCGUGCGUUGCGUAACGUGGUGGAUAGGAGGAGUUACGCUACGUACGUUAGCGACGUUAGUGCAAUUCAAAUAAUGCCACGCUGCGUGCGCAGCUCUGAUUUGAACCUUUUGGUACACUACGCUUGCUUCUCUCGCUCGCGUGCACGCGACCCCCCCUGCCGAGGAUUUUGCUGCUCGUCGCCGGCUGACUCGCCGUUUCCGUGCGCGUGGCUCUUGUUUUUGUCGUCGUCGCUUCUUCGGUGAGUAGUAUGUAAUACGCAUGCGUCAACACGGCUCCGCGCUGUCAGAUCAGCCUGGAGACCGUUGGGCGACAGAGCCGCCUUGUUUACGUUCUAGAAACUACCGCUUUGGGAGUAGAAUAGAGCCUCGUGCACGUGGCGGCUGCAGAUGUGUCUGGAAGUUAAAUGAUUAAGAGUUAGUUAGUUUAAUAUAUAGUUAGUUUGUUUAAGAUAUUUCUUGUUUUUACAUGGUGCAAACUUUACUUGCAAUGACUCUGGCAGGGUGUGCUAUGACGUCAUGUCAGUUUUUGAGUCAUUCCCAAAUGUAAUAAUAUGUCUUUAUCAUGUCAUGUUGUCAAAAUGAAUCCUUUGUUGUAACUCCACCUCCGGUCUGGUUGGUGUGCAGUGUCCCGUUGACGAAGAUGAAGAGGAGCAGGCGCUCCAGCAGCUGCAGCAGCAGUGAUGAGGACUCCGAUAACGGAAGUAACUCCACCAGCUGGUCUCAGCCCAGGAGGGUCCCGGGCCAGAAGCCCUCUGAGGUUUUCCGGACUGACCUGAUCACCGCCAUGAAGGUGCACGACUCGUUCCAGCUGAGCCCGGAGGAGUACUACGUCCUGGCCGACCCGUGGCGGCAGGACUGGGAGAAGGGGGUCCAGGUCCCCGUCAGCCCCCAGUCCAUCCCUCAGCCCGUCACCAGGGAGCUGGCCGACAAAGGGAAGGAGGUGAUGUUCGUCAAGCCCAAGAAGCUGAUCCGGACGUCGGGCGCCGAGGCGCUGGGCUACGUGGACAUCCGGACGCUGGCGGAGGGGAUGUGCCGCUACGACCUGAACGAGGAGGACGUGGCCUGGCUGCAGGCCGCCAACGGGGAGUUGGCGGAGAUGGCUGUGCCGCCGCUGGACGAGAUCACCAUGGAGCGGGCGAUGGAGGAGUUCGAGCGCCGCUGCCACGAAAACAUGACGCACGCCACGGAGACGGAGGAGGGGCUGGGCAUCGAGUACGACGAGGACGUGGUGUGCGACGUCUGCCGCUCCCCCGACGGGGAGGACAACAACGAGAUGGUGUUCUGCGACAAGUGCAACAUCUGCGUGCACCAGGCGUGCUACGGCAUCCAGAAGGUCCCUCCGGGCAGCUGGCUGUGCCGGAUCUGCGCUCUGGGCAUCCGGCCGCGGUGCCAGCUGUGUCCCAAGAAGGGGGGCGCCAUGAAGCCCACCCGGAGCGGGACCAAGUGGGUCCACGUCAGCUGUGCCCUGUGGAUCCCAGAGGUGAACAUCGGGAACCCGGAGAAGAUGGAGCCCAUCACCAACGUGUCCCACAUCCCCAGCAGCAGGUGGGCUCUGGUCUGCUGCCUGUGCAAGGAGAAAGCCGGGGCCUGUAUUCAGUGUUCGGCCACAAACUGCCGGACCGCCUUCCACGUGACGUGCGGCCUCCUGGCCGCGCUGCAGAUGAGCACCACACUCACGCAGGACGACGAGGUCAAGUUCAAGUCCUUCUGCCCCAAACACUCGGGGCUGGAGGGCGCCGAGUGCAGGGCCCGAGACUCUGGAGGCGAGGAGGAGGAGAAGGAGAGCGCCGGAGACCAGAAGGUCGGGAGGAGAGGCCGGGUGAGAGGGGAGGAGCAGCAGGAGGCCGCCUCCCCUUGCUCCUCGGCCCACGUGGCUCCUCAGCUCACCGACCUGGAGCUGCUCGCCUGCCGCCAGCAGGAGAAGAGGGUCAGCCUCCGCAAGCUCAAGCUGCAGGAGAUGGAGGAGGAGUUCUACCAGUUCGUGGAGGCGCAGGAGGUGGCCAGCUGCCUGAAGCUGCAGCAGGAGGUGGUGGACUUCCUGUUCCAGUACUGGAAGCUGAAGCGCAAGGCCAACUUCAACCAGCCGCUCCUCACGCCCAAGAAGGACGAGGAGGAGAGCCUGGCACGCCGCGAGCAGGAGGUGCUGCUGCGCCGCCUGCAGCUCUUCACCCACCUGCGGCAGGACCUGGAGAGGGUGCGUAACUUGACCUACAUGGUGACCCGGAGGGAGAAGAUGAAGCGCUCGCUGUGGAGAGUCCAGGAGCAGAUCUUCCAGCACCAGGUCUUCCAGCACCAGGUCCGCCUGCUGGACCACGAGAUGCUGGACCACCAGCUGCUGGACCACCAGGCCGGUCCUCCGCUGAAGGACUUGGAGAAGCUCUUCUCUCCGGGCUGGUUGUCGUCUCGGGGCGCCCCCCCUCGCUGCCCCGGGACCCCCUCGGGGCCCAAGACCAAAUCGUCGACUUUAAAGCGUGAAAAGGGGAGGAGCCUCUCUGACUCGGCACACUCGAGCUCCCGGGUCCAAGAACCAGACCCCCGAGUCGAGACCCCGUUCCCAAAGUUUCACAAGCCGCAGGUGGUUCAGGAGACGGAGUGCCGGAAGGGCCUCAGGAGGGAGGCGGAGCACGAGGCGCCCGCCAGACGGAAACGAGAGAACGAGCAGGAGGAGAGGAGGAGGAGGAGGAAGAGGAGGAGCGGCGGUGAGGCGGCGCCGGAGAGCGCCCCCGGCCAGGUGAAGAACCGGUUCGGGUUGAGACAUCUGGAGAAGACCGUGUCCAUCCGGCUGGUCGACAUCAGGAACUCCGACAACAACGACUUCUUCGCGGACGAAAGGAUGAUCAAAAGAAGCCCCGCCCCCCCGGCGGUGACGAGCGCCGCUAAACCCAAUCGGGCCGCCGAGGGUUCGGACGCCACCGGCGGCCGGCUCAGGAGAACUCAGGCGACGGGUGGCCAUCUUAGAAGCUGGGGGAAGUUCAGGAUCCCGAAGAGGCGCGAGAGGCCUCUGACGGAGGAAGGGGAGGAGCCCUGCAAGCCGCCACUGGCCAACACGCCGUCGUACCCGAAGACCAGACACCGAGCGGAGAGCGACGGCGAGGCCGAGCCCCGCUUGAAGCGAUGCCACUCCCACCAGCUGAGGGGCGACGCGGCGCUCUGCCGGCGCUACGGCUCUGACAUCAUCCGCCGGGGUGUGAUGGCGUCCUGAUGGCGCCACGAAGGCGUCCUGACGGCAUCUUGACGGCGUUCUCAUGGCGUCCUGAUGGCGUCCCGGCGACGUGUGGGAAUGCGCUGCACCUUUUUGUCAUGAAUCAUAAAUACAAAUUAAUAACAGCUGAUAUAUUUAUUUUUUAUUUGUAUUAUAUGUAAAUCUGGGAAAUAUUUUACUUUAUUUUUGUUCUUCUCUAAAGUCGAAGGUUUGAGACGCUGUCAGGCAUCAUGAAGUUAGUUCUAGAUUGGUAGUAAAACUCGACUGCUCUUCAUCAUCGUCAUCUUCAUCAUCAGCUGAGACUCUUACAGCUUCUGGUUCUCAUCCAACAGCCAACAAGAUCUUUGUAUGGCCACCAAAACUACAGAAAACACACAGAACAGAGAACACAACACGGAACAUACAGAGAACACACAGAACAGAGAACACACAGAACCUGUGUCGUGAUGAGGUUCUGGUCGUUGUGGCUGACUUGAGGACUUUGAGGAGUUCUGUCUGCUACCUCAAUAAACUGAGGAGGUCUGGACUGUUUAAAGUUCUUCAUGCUAUUAAUUCAUCCGCAGCUGUUUUGGUUAAUCAUUGAAUUCAUAUUUAAAAUAAAAACAUUCUAAUUCAA